AUGGAUUCUGACACGGCGGCUUUCUCUCGGUUUCGUCGCCAGCACUCAUCAGCUCUGCCUCUCACCCCGAAAAUCUCUUCGGAUCCGUCAUCGUCACGAGGAGGAGAAAAAAGUGGACGCUUCGCGCGCGGAUACAUUUGCCGACAAUGUGUCCAUCCUCGUUGCCCUGAGCUCCGCGCAGGCGCACCGCGUCGCAAAAGCACCCAACAACGAAGAGGCAAACCCGCCGCCCGCCGAGCCCCCCCUUGCGACCGUCUGCGCUGCUGCCACUGUGGCUCUGGCACGGUCUCACGAUACUUUCAUUGGCGCCGACUAGGGCUCUCUCGCUCGGUAAAGCUACCUGCCUGGACACUGGUCGCUAGGCGCGGCUACCGGUACCGACGGACGACAGCCCGGUCUGGACGGCAAUCAACCUGGGGAACUCGGACACACAAAAACGGAUCACGCGACCUCGCCGCCCUACCGCCCUUUAUCAUCGUCGCUCCUCCGUUGUUUUGA